AAUACAAAAUUUUAUUGAUCGAUUAACUCCUAAUAUAUACGAAAAUCCAAUUUCUACUGAAGAAUAUUUGCGGUCUAAAAAAAAAGAAACAAUUCAUCAGAUGAUAACUGAUGAGGAAAUUAUAAAAUUAAUGAAAGAACCAGAAGUAGAACCAAAUAAUGAAGAACUGGAAAUUCCUAUUAUCAGUAAUUAUGAAACACUAGUAGCACUUAACCAAAUAAUCAUAUAUACAAAACAAAAAUCUGAUAAAAUUGAUUUUUUAAAGGAACAAAUUCAGGUAAUAAAAAAAUUACGAAAAGCAGUAGAACGAGAAGAAUUCUAUUUUAAACAACAAGUUACAUUGAAUUCAUAUUUGGGAAAUGCGAAUAAGGCUAAAGAAUAA